GGGCAAACUACAUCCGUCAAAAGCUCAUCGAUCCCUGUUAGCGUCUAAUACAUCAUUCUUCGUUAUUAUCAUGGCCGUGUUGCCAUUUUCUGCUUUCCUAAUUUCCCUUCUCUUGCUUCCAUUAGCAACAUAUUCGUCUCUCCCGCCGACAUGCUACGGUUUCGACGGAAAACCCGACAUAUAUCCACGUCAAUGCACAAACUCGUCAAUGUGCUGCUACCUCAACCGCACUGACUCAUACCCUGACGACGAAUGCAUCCAAGGACUCUGUCUCAGUCAUGCAGGUGACAUGGCCGGACAAUACUUCGUUGUCGCCUGCACGGACUUGGACCGAAAAGGUGGGGUGUGUUCGGCCGUCUGGAAUGAAUGCGGUAACGACGGACACGGUUACACGCAAGCUACGCGCUGCGCGGACAAUUCAUGGUGUUGCAACAAUGCGAAUAUAACAUGUUGCGAUGGCAACCUGGGCUUCUUGCUGAAUGAAGCCGGCACGAAGAUUGUUUCUCGGCCCAGGGUUGCGUCCACGGCAGCGCUCUCGCCGGCGUUAUCUGCUACAUUCACGCCUCGUACUGACAGCUCGCUUUCUCCUACGGCUCCGAUGUCGCUGACGACAAGGAGCGAUUCACCAACUCCUCCACCGCCGAGCGCCACUGCCUCAGAGGCAAUAAAUAGAUCAUUAGGGCUCACCACGUCUGAUAAGAUCAAGAUAGGCCUUGCCGUUCCUGGCGCCGUUGCUGGUGUGGCUGCUCUCGGAUACACGAUCUAUAAGUGGAGAACGAAGGUUGUUGCGCAGAAGGCAUAGAGAGCGAUAAUCGAAGUGCGCUCGAUAGUAUUAAGUAGGAGCCCUGUCCUUAUAAGAACGAGAGAGACCACUAUAUAUGUCGCACGUGUCUCACGCGAUAUCAUACCCAUGUACUGCACUAUUCACUCAUUAGGCAUAGCUCCUAUUUCGUACAGUAUAUAGUCAGCUCAGAGCUCUAUUAAGCUCCUCAGACCUUACAAUACACUCGUUUAAUC